GGUCGAAGUGGGUUUAAGCUUUUUACUUCUUCUUGCCUUAUUUUGUUUCUAUAUCUGGAUUUAUCUCUAGGUUUUUUCUUUAAUUCGAAUGUUUGAGUUGUUCUAAUUGAAACCCUUGUUCAUCUUUAGUUGUCAAUUAAUGAAGCUUUAGUUGAGAUUUCCAUGACAUGAGUUCUUCAAUCUGGUUGGAUUAAUGUACAAUUUUGCCCUUCUUUUCUAUUGCAUGCUCAUUUCUAUGGACUGGUAUAAUAUUUUUGCUAAACCAAUUCUGGAUGGCUAUUGAGCACCCUUAAUAAUUGAAAAGAUAAGUUUGGCAGAAAGAGAUUUUCGAUCUAAAGCAAUGGCAACGAAUGAAGUGAAUGUGUGCAUUCUUGAUCAUAGCACAAUUAUGGCACCUUGUGUUAACAUCCCAGAGGAUGUGAAGGUACAAAGUGGAAGCAGUUCCAGAAAAAAGAUAGCAUAUGUGAACAAUUCUAGACAAGGUAAGAAUGAAGCUGUUGUAGGAUUUCAUGAUCAUGGUACACUUGUAGAUGGCGUCGAAAAGCGAGUUAGGUGCAAUUAUUGUGGGAAAGAAAUAAAUAGUUACCAUCUUCUUAAGUAUCACUUAGGAGGAAUGCAUGAAUUUGUAUUGCCUUGUGUUAAAGUCCCAGAGGAUGUUAAGGUACAAAUGAGGAACAGUUUGCCUAGAACAACGAUAGCACAUGUGAACAAUUCUGGACAAGGUAAGAAUGCAGCUACUGUAGGUUCUCAGGAUCAUGGUACAUUUGUAGAUGGCGUCAAAAAGCGAGUUAGGUGCAAUUAUUGUGGAAAAGAAAUUGAUAGUUACGUUCUUCUUAAGUAUCACUUAGGAGGACUACAUGAAUAUGUAGUGCCUUGUGUUAAAGUCCCAGAGGAUGUUAAGGUACAUAUGAGGAACAGUUUGUUGCCAGAAACAAAGAAACCAGACGAACACAGGGAAGUUCUUCAAUUGUCCGAAUCUAGUUCUUCUUGGAAGAGGGAUUCCAGCUCUGAUGACUCGGCCCCUGAUGAAGUGAGUAUAGACAUUCAAGAUCAUUGUACACUUCUUGAUAAGAAAAAAGAUUGGGUUAGGUGCAAUUAUUGCGCAAAGGAGAUCUGUAGUUAUACUCUCCUUAAGAAACACUUAGGCGGAAUACGUGGAACUAUAUCACCUUGCGUUGAAGUUCCAGAGGAUAUUAAGGUACAAAUUAAGAAAUACAGUCUACCCGCUUUGUUGCGGAAGAGGAAACCAAGUGUUAUAAUGGAGUACUCGGGAUCAGAGCAAAAAGAUGAGAAAUUACAGGUUUUGCCUAACCCCGAAAAGAAAAACAAAGUGAAGAAUAAAGAAGACGCUGAAGAUGUCUCAUCCAAGCAAACCCAGAGGUGUAUCGGCAGAUUCUUUAUAGAAAAUGGAAUAGAUUUUAGUGCUGCAAACUCAUCUACCUUUGAGAAAAUGAUACAUGCUUUGGUUGGAGGUGAAUCCACGACAUACAAGGUCCCUAGUCGUGAUGAUCUAAAAGGGUGGAUCCUAGAGGGAGAACUGAAAGCAAUGCGAGAGCAUGUGCGGGAAGUUGUGUGUUCUUGGGGAAGCACAGGGUGCAGUAUAUUGCUGGAUGGGUGGACUGGUGAGAAAGGGCGGAAUAUGGUUAAUUUUGUAGUUGAUAGCCCACAGGGUCCCAUAUUCUUGAAGUCGGCCGAUUUCUCAGAUUCCAUUGGAGAUGUAGAUGCCAUGAUCUCAUUGAUAAGUGGAGUUAUUGAUGAGGUUGGAGUAUAGAAUGUGGUUCAAAUUGUCACAUACACUACCCUGGGUUCAAUGGAGGAAGUUGGUAAACAAAUGACAGCAAAAUAUAAGAGUAUAUUUUGGACUUUUUGUGCAUCUCACUGCAUAGGCCUCAUGUUGGAGAAGAUAGGAAUGUUGGAUACUGAGAGAGUUCUCAGCAAAGCAAAGGCCAUUACUAAGUUCAUUUACAGCCAUGCCACAGUUUUGAAGCUCAUGAGGAAACACACUCUUGGGUUCGACCUGGUUAGUUCCUGCAGGAUAAGAUCAAUGGUGCCUUUUUUAAUAUUGCAGAGAAUCGAGUCUCAAAAGAAGAAUUUGAGGAAGAUGUUUACUUCGCCAGAAUGGAAGAACUUGACCUUGGCUUCAACAGCUGAUGGAAGGAUGGUGGCUGAUUUGGUCACCGGGGAGCCAUCUUUCUGGACUGAAGUCGAUAUGCUUUUGAAGGCAAGUAUUCCACUUAUAAAUGCUCUGCAUCUAAUUAAUGGAGGAGAUAGUAGACCUCAGUUGGGCUACAUAUACGAGAAAAUGGACCUGGUCAAGGAGGAAAUAAAAAAGAAGUAUGAAGGCAGGAAAACCAAAUAUGAGCCUUUUUGGACAGUCAUCGAUGAGAUUUGGGAUGACCAACUCCAUAGCCCUAUCCAUGCAGCAGGCUACUAUUUAAAUCCGGGUCUCUUUUACUUUAAAGAUUUCUAUGCUGAUAAUGAGGUCAAGGCCGGACUUCUGUGCUGCAUCGUGCGAAUUGUGGAGGAUGAACGUGAUCAAGACUUGAUAGCAUCACAAUUCGAUAAGUAUAGAAACGCUAGUGGAACUUUCGGCGACGGGGAUGCUGUUGAUCAAAGAGCAAUGCUUGCUCCAGCAAAGUGGUGGUCCCUGUAUGGAGGCGAAUGCCCUGAAUUACAACGAUUUGCUAUAAGAAUUCUGUCUCAGACCUGUACUGGUGCCUUAAGA